UAAAUUUUUUAUUUAAUAGACAUUUUUGAGGUUUCCUAUAUAGGUUACAUCUCUCUUUUUUCAAAAAUUCAAGAAAAAAAACAAUGGUUUUGCUAUUUCUUUUUCUUUUAAUUUUGGAACCGAGGCCAUUUUUUGGCUCUUCAGCGUCGUCGUUGGGGUUCAGCGUGACCUUCACCAACAAAAAAAUAUUGGAAACUUUCAUCAACGGAACUGAGAAAAGGAAGAGUAGCCGACUUUGCGGAUUGUCAUGUCUGUCGAGAUCUUUCUGUCGGUCUAUCAACUACCACUUGAGAAGUCAUGAUUGUGAGUUUCUCAUCACUGACUCACGACUACUCGGGCAGGAACAUCUACUAGGAACUUCAAUUUGGAGCCGAGGGCUGGACUGGGUACAUGGUGAGGGGGAUCCUAACAUCCGCGGCUGCUCUCUCUGGGAACCCCUUGCCGACGAUUGUCUGUGGAUCCGAAAAACACCUCCCGAGACGCAGAACUCUCUCACCGUUCACUGGCAGCUCCCCACACAAUACAACCACGAGUAUCCUGUCCUACAGCUUCUCAAGAUUGCAUCGAUGGAGUCGGAUUGCCUGGACAUCACACUGCCAGACGAGCUCUUUGAGGUGUACUUGCCCAUUGAUGUGCGAAUGCACACAAUUGUGGGCUUAACUCCUGGCCGCCUCUACGAAUGUCAAAUAUCCACCUGGUUCAACGGGGAAACGAGCCAGACGAAUACUUCAGUUCUGGCGUCUACUGUUCCUGCAAAGCCAUCUGAAGAGAUCUCGGAGAGGAUCAAAGCAGAUCAUUCGAUUACGGUGAAUUGGCUGCUAACAGGAUGUGCCGAUAACUUCAUUUUCUGGUCUGUGCCGGUUGGAGAAAGCUGUGGGUCUGACUCCAAAUGCGAAGCCACGCCAGAAAGUGCUCACUAUCAGAACUUCCUCGGCCUUACAGCUGGAGAAGAUUACACCUUCUAUUUCCAAAGCGAAUCCAGGGGGCUUUUUAGCGAUGUCUUAGACCUCAACCAGCCUACGUAUACUGCCGACCAGGGUGCUGUUCUUGAAGUCAGCAGCGAUUGGGAACAAACUCAGGUCACUUGCACAACUUCGUUUGAGCCAGGAACUGGAAGCAUACUUGUCUUUUCCUACAUUGGCGAGAACUCUGGAACAACUUACAGCGAAGAAAAAGCGUACACCUCUUCAACUGUGCAAACAGUGUUCACGGACCUGAUGCCGGGCGAGAAAUACGACAUAACUGUGCAAGCAUACAGCAAAGGGCUAAUCCCCCUAGUGAAAAAUUUCACUCUCGAGGGCUUCACAAAACCCCCCACAAUCUCUAUCGUUUCUGAAGCAGUGCUCAAUUGGGCGGAUUUCUCUGUAGACCUCGAAUGCUCUUUCGCCUUUGGAUACACAAAAGAGGUGAAGAUUAGUGAAUUAGAUGGGAAGUUAACUGAUGUAGUUGUUCCGGUCACCAUGCAACAGCAGGUACUGCACAUUCCCGAUUUCACUCCCGGAGACGUGCACCACCUCCGACUCACACCCUACAGUCCCUACGACAUACCAGGAGAUACCAUUUGGCUGAAUGUAUCAAUGUACACGGAUAACUUCACGGCAACAUUUGCUGUAAAUAUUGACCAAAUUGAUGCGGUUACUGUGACUGCCUCCAGAACAGGCGAACACUUCAACAUCUCUGUCGUCGGGGAGGAGUACGACGUCACCGACAACCCCGAACGAACAUUCGAUUUCUCCCAGUUGAGUCGGACAAACAACUUUAAGGAUCUGAUGCCAGGAGAAAAUUACACAUUCACUAUCAGUUCUACCAGCAAAUCCGACCAAUACACUCAAGCACUGAGCCACUCGAGUGAGUUUGAGGUGGUAGCGACACCAAUUGAACCCCAACCGGUGCCUCAGAACUGGAAUGACGACUGUGAAAUCAUAGUGCCAUCAUACCCUGGAUACGGCCACAUCCCAAAUGUCACCUGGAAUCUGAAUUACGGAUUUGGUCCAUAC